AUGAAAAAAAUCGAAGAGGAGGUAGAAUUGAAUGAGGGAGAAAAGAAAGAUGUUGCAAAAGAAGAGGAGGAUCCAUUGAAGGUCAAGGAUCUCAAAAGAAAAAUUUUCCUUGAGGAGCCUACACCAAUUCCUUUUCUGUCGGUGGCUAAAAAGGCCAAGAAGCAUAAGGACUUUGACACUAAUGUGGUGAAAAUUUUCAAGAAUGUAGAGGUUACCGUUCCUCUUUUUCAAGCCAUCCAACAAGUUCCAAAAUACGCCAAAUUUCUAAAGGAUGUUUGUACUCACAAGGAGAAAAUUGGUGAGCUAGGCAAGAGUCCGGUAAAUAAUUAUAUUUCUUCUCUUAUUCCGAAAAAGUGUAGUGAUCCCGACCCUUACUUGGUGACUUGUGUGAUUGGUGGAAUGAAGUUCAUGGAUUGCAUCUGUGACUUAGGAGCUUGUGUGAGCAUCAUGCCUCUCCCUAUCUAUGAAAAGUUGAAUUUGUCGCCCUUGAAGCUGUCCGGAGCAAGAUUUGUGUUGGUGGACAAGAGUACUGUGUCGGUUAUGAAAAUUACGGAGAAUGUGUUGGUGAAUAUUCAAGAAUUUCUAUUUUUGGUGGACUUUUACAUUUUGGAGACACCUCCAAUUGAUUCGGAUACCCAUGUUCCAUCCUCCUUGGGAGGCCGUUUUUGA